AUGGACGUGGACGAGCUGGUCGGGCGGGCGCACAUUUUGAAGGCACUCAAACGCAAGUUUCUGGGCAGAGAGGAGCCUCUUCGGGUCUGUGUGAUCUCGGGAAUGACCGGCAUAGGCAAAACGGCCCUCGCUAGAUGCAUCUACCACGACCCGUACGUGCGGGCCCACUUCACGUGUCGGGCAUGGGUAACCGUCUCCCCAAAAGGAAGCAAGCUAGACGACAUAGCUUGGUCCCUCCCAGGCUGCAACAACGACAACACGAUCAAGAUUAGCAGUAGUCCCUUCGACAUGCAACAGCUGAACAAAAUUUUGCCCGGUAACAGGUACUUAGUCGUGAUCGACAACUUGUGGGAUUUAAGAACCUGGCAAGAAGCGAUAAAGUCUGCCCCGGACGACACGAAAGGGAGUCGAAUCAUUGUGACGACCCAAAACGGGGUCCUCGCUCGAGAUGUCAGACUGUCGAAUGGCUAUAAAGAGGUGGGAGAACUUUGUCUGAUCGAGCUCAUGGCACUGAGUCUCAUUCAAGUUCUGAACUACAGUUCCAUCGACAUGGGAAUCAAAACCUGUAAGGUCCACGUCAUUUACCGGGGUUUCUGCAUCAAGGAGGCUCGGGACGAAGGUUUUUUCCACGUCAUAAAAAAGUUGGAGCAUGCCAAUGCUAGCUUCCUGCAGGGCACAGUCAGUCAGCCAAGGCUUUGCUUUCAUAACAACAUUGUACUUGGAUUCAAGCAAGCUCGUGCGGCGCUUGAAUCAGUUUCAUCCGCAUGUUUUCUUCUCUGUUAUGGUCCACGCCAUCAGUACCCGGUACUGAACGGGACUCCUCUGCCCUUUAAGCUGCUCAAGGUGUUGGAUGCGCCAGCUGUCCGUUUCUAUGAGUUCCCUGACCAAGUACUCAGCCUCGUUCGGUUAAGGUACCUGGCCAUCACCUACGAUGGUGAGAUCCCAUCGUGUAUUUCUGGACUCUGUGACCUCCAAGUCUUGAUUGUCCAUCGGCAUCAAAUCGUCAGAUCCUCGUUUGCUGUGGCUACUAGUUAUCUACCGAUGGAGAUUUGGACUUUGCGUAAACUGAGGCACCUACACUGCAUGGGAUGGGACCUCCCGGAUCCUUCUACGACUUGUUUUCUCCUAAAAAACCUACUAACUCUUUCGGGAGUGAGCUCUCGGAGUUGUACGCAUGGAGUGCUUGCAAGGAUGCCCAAGUUGGAAAAAGUAGGAGUUCAGGUUGUGCCAGCACAUGAUGCAGUUGAGACCUUUGCCUUUUUCAGCAAUUUCUCACAUCAGUAUUUCAAGUUCGAGUCGUUCAAGUGCAUCGUUGUAGGACCUGAUCUUGGGACCAGUUUCGUUUCUUUGGUAACUCCAUCAUUUCCUUUUCACAUUAGAAAGAUAACUCUGAGUGGGUGUCGGUUUCCAUGGGACUAUAUAAAGGUGAUUGCCGAACUCAUUAAUCUCAGAGUGCUUAAACUGCGACAGUAUGCUUUCCAGGGCCCUGAGUGCUUAAUGAGCGAUGUAAAUUUCUUCAGGCUAAGAUUUUUGCUGAUGGAGGACUUGGAUGUCGAGAACUUUAUAGCUGGGACUUGUAGCUUCCUGAAGCUCAGGAGCAUUCGUAUCAGGCAUUGCUACAAAUUGAAGUCCUUCGAUUUGGGCCAGAUUAUACCGGAUGAUAUAGAGGUGGAUGAUUGCGGAGUAGUGAUUGAGGAAUGGACUCGAGGAUUUAAAAAGCAACAUCUUGCUCAUGUUCGCAUCCGUUCCUCAAGGAACAAUGGUGGCAGCAAAAAUAAAUCAUGA